AGAGCACGCACAUACGCACGCGCGUAAAACACGAGCAGGAUUGAGGUUAAUGCUAAUUACUUAAAGUCAGCCGUGGGAUUGAGCAAUGGUUUAAACGCCUUUUCUAUGAGAUUAAUUACCGGAAUAAAAAGAUCGAAGUGCAGCUCGGUCCCGGGCCGGGCCGAGCCGAAUCGGGCUCAGCCGAACCGGGCCGGGCUGUUCCUCCCAGAGGAUGGUACAGCAAAUACAGAUGGAAUGUUGAUCAGCUUACAGCGGAGCCGGGAGGUGCUCGGGAUUUGAUCCACCGUGAUGCUCGAAUUCUGAUCCGGCGGACCGGUGUAUAGGUUGCUACUGCAAAAACACAGAGCAGCACGCGGGCUGUCGACUUUAAAUUAACAGGACGAGUGUGAGAAACACGAGACAGUUCGGCGUUUUAAAAGGACAAUUUCUGACUGAAGAGAAACUAGAGGCUCAUAUGUGCGGAUGCCCGGGGACGUCCCUUUAAACUAAAAGACAGCAACAAUCACGGCUUGACAGUGGGGAAGGGCCAGCCUGAAGUGAAGGGUCAAUGAGCUCAGACACCCUCCCUCCAUUGACCCAAAACUAUAAACACACACAUAGUGGAAAUUCAAACGCACACAGACACAUCUGCAAAACGACACAUUCACACUAAACCUACAGACCUUUGAAUACACACAUAUUGGGAGUCAUCUGUGCAUAAAAGCAGACAGAAAUUCACACACAGGCCCUCCGAACAGAAUGAGGGAACCCUGGAGGUGCCUGCUAGGCCUGUGCCUCCUGGCAUGCGCAGCCUCCACACACAGUGCCACCAAUCCCUUUGCAGGACAGCAAACCCCUUCAGAUCCUUGCUAUGACGACACAGGUGCGGCACGCCGCUGCAUACCUGAGUUUAUCAAUGCUGCUUUUGGCAAGGAGGUCAUGGUGUCAAGCGUCUGUGGUCGUCCUCCAUCCCGCUCCUGUAGUGUGGUGGAGCGGGGCGAUGAUCGACCAUCUGUACGCACAUGCCAAAUAUGUGAUGCAGCUGAUCCACGCCGUGCCCACCCUGCCUCCUACCUCACUGACCUCAACUCAGCACACAACCUUACCUGCUGGCAGUCGGAGAACUUGAACACCUCACCAUACAACGUGACUCUGACACUUUCACUAGGCAAAAAGUUUGAAAUAACCUAUGUCAGCCUGCAGUUCUGUUCCCCUCGACCUGAGUCCUUGUCCAUUUACAAGAGCAUGGACUAUGGCAAGACCUGGAUGCCCUACCAGUUCUACUCCUCACAGUGCCGGCGCAUGUACAACCGGCCAAACAAAGCAACCAUAACUAAGCAGAAUGAACAAGAGGCUCUAUGCACAGAUGGCCACACUGACCUCUACCCACUUUCUGGGGGACUCAUUGCCUUCAGCACUCUUGAUGGACGACCCUCCGGCAAAGACUUCGACAACAGCCCAGUUCUCCAGGACUGGGUGACUGUCACAGAUAUCCGUGUGGUCUUCAGCCGGCCGCAGCUACCCAGGGAGCUGGCACUAGGGGCUGGGAGCAACAGCGGAGGGAGGGACGAUGAUCCCACAGCAGUGACAUCAACGCUGCCAACUUAUUUCUAUGCAGUGGGAGACUUCCAGGUGGGCGGGAGGUGUAAAUGCAACGGACAUGGCUCACGCUGUGUGAAAGAUAAAGAAGGCAAACUGGUGUGCGACUGCAAGCACAACACAGAGGGACCUGAAUGUGACCGCUGCAAGCCCUUCCACUAUGACCGACCAUGGCAGAGGGCCAAUGCCCGGGAGGCAAAUGAGUGCCUGCCGUGCAACUGCAACCUCCAUGCCCGCCGCUGUCGAUUCAACAUGGAGUUGUAUAAACUGUCAGGGAGGAAGAGUGGAGGGGUCUGCAUGAACUGUCGCCACAACACCGCAGGCCGCCACUGCCACUACUGCAAGGAGGGGUUUUACAGAGACAUGGCAAGACCUAUCACUCACCGACGGGCCUGCAAAGCCUGUGAUUGCCACCCUGUUGGCGCUGCCGGCAAGACCUGUAACCAGACCACAGGCCAGUGCCCCUGCAAAGACGGUGUCACCGGCAUCACCUGCAACCGCUGCGCCAAGGGCUACCAGCAGAGCCGCUCACCCGUGGCCCCAUGCAUCAAAAUCCCUGUGGUCAACCCUACAGCUGUGGUGAGCAGCACAGAGGAACCAGCAGACUGUGAGACUUAUUGUAAACCAGUGAAGGGCAAUCUGAAGAUUAACAUGAAGAAAUACUGCAAAAAGGAUUACGCUGUCCAAGUGAAUGUGCUCGACAUGGAGACUGUAGGAGACUGGGCCAAGUUCUCAGUCAAUUUGGUGUCCGUGUACAAGAGCCGCGGCGAGCCCCUGAAGAGAGGCGACAACAUCCUGUGGGUGCACAUGAAAGACCUUGCUUGCAAAUGUCCCAAAAUCCAGAUGAGCAAAAGAUUCUUGGUGAUGGGCGGCAGUGAUGGCGGAACGGGCCCGGGGGCAGGGCCCGGGGUCGGGCCUGGUGGUGGUGCGACCAGCUCUGGAGCAGAGCGAGUGGGCCUCAUGGCUGAUAAGAACAGCCUGGUGAUCCAGUGGAGGGACGUUUGGACGAGACGCUUGAGGAAGUUCCAGCGCAAAGAGAAGAAGGGGAAGUGCAGCAAAGCGUGAUGGGAAAGCAGUGUUCAUCCCUACCUCUCCCUCCAUCAUGAACCCUUACCUUAAAACCUCCCUUGAAUUCCUCCUUGAAUCCACUGUUUCUCCCCAUCAUGGAAACUCUGCACAUUAGAAAGACUGCAUGUACCCUACCUGAUUUAAGGACCACUUUUUGUGUAUAUUGUAUAAUUAUUUUACUUUUUAUUUUUCAAAUAUUGUCUUUGUUAUGUUUUUGUCCAAUUGGUUUGCCUUAAAAAGGGACCAUAAAAAGGGUAUGAAGUGUAAAAGCAAACGCCAUUCCCUCCCUCAGCGACGACAGCGGAAAUGUCCACUCGUCCACAAACUACUACUCCCUGAACCUCAGCCUCCAUUUCCUCCUUUUAAGACUGACUGUCUCCUGCCACUGUUUGACACGUAUCUAUAUCAGUGCUCACAAGCUUCUAUGAGGAUUUUAUUCAGCAGUAUUUGUCACUUCAGAGACUGACUGAUUUCAACAAGCUGCACAUCCUCAGCUUGGCCUCAUCACGUUUCACUCCUGAAACAAACACAGCUUGGGUCUGUAACACCAGACAACCUUUCAAUAUUAUCUGUUAAAAUGUCCAUAACAAUGGGCCUACUUGCUCCAGGUCUCUGCAGUAACUUCUACAGACUGUUACUUUAUAACUCUUGUCCUGUGAGGAACCAAGGGCUCCCUUUGGAGGGACAUUUUCCACAGCAAACCUCAGUCUCACCACCACUGCUGCUGCCACCAGGCAUCCCUCACAGAAUGAACUGCUCAUGUAGACUGAUAUAUCUGCAAUUAUAUGAUUCCACUCCUCAUAUUACAGUUAAUAUUUUUUCAUGUUGCUGUGUUUUGUCUCAUCCAUCCAUAUCCUUAUUUCAGAUGUAUCUUAUUGUUUCAUUUUUAGCAGGGCAAACCCUGUUAGCAUGCAUGAGUCACAUUCCAGCCCUCCAGGAUGGUGCCUCUUCACCACCAGUCCCUCUCACCAGUGGUUUAUAAAGUCAUGCAUCACCGUCAUGACUCAUUGCUUGUCACUUUUUGUGGAAGACAGAUUAAGCGUUGUGGACAAAUGGCUGGAAUUUCAGAACAAUACCAAUAUUUCCAAGGAGACGUUUUGCUCCAUGGAUAAUGUGCUCCGUUGGGUAAUGGCCUUUCAGAUGUUGCUGUGUGGCCGAUGUCUUGUCUUUGUAUUUAAAUGUCUGAACAUUUUCCUGAUGUGUCCAGUGACUGGCAGGCUUUUGUUUGCCAAAAUAAGAGAUUGAAAUGAAAGUUCCUUUUAAUGCAGUAAAAAGAAAACCAAGGCGGAUAAACAAAAUAGUUGUGUUUUUCUCAAGCAUAUUUUGACAAAAUGAAUGAGGCUGGAAAGUUUUUAGUGCUCACUGAUUGUAUUAUGACAUGAGAGGAUCAUAUUACAUUCCUCAUGUGCUUUGUUAUGUUUGCAUGUUUGUGGUUUUUUGCUGGGCCAUCAAAACGUUACAGUGAGCAGACUAAGACCUUAAACCAAUAUGAGCAUCAAGAUCCAAAGGAAAACUUCCCAAGUCAUCUUCCCCCCACUUGCCUUCCCUUUCACAGUCCCUGUCAUCCUUUGCCAAAUAAGCAGAGUCAGUUUUUAAAUUCAAUUAAGAGACUAUGAAAGUCAGGACCGACUGAAACCACAGAGAGACCCAUCUGGUUGCUUUCAAGCUUUUUAUCUGCCUUUUGCUGUUAUUUCAUUUUGUAAAGCACAUUACAAUUUAUUUAAAUAGAGUACAAGAUAAACACUCAGUUUUGAGGGGCGGAUCAAGCCAGCGUAGCAGUGAGUGUGCCGACAGCCAUGUCAUGCUAGCUUGUGGUUACGCUCCUUUGGCUGCGGUGGUAUGUUUGGUUUGUCAUACAUCCAAAAAUGUCUCCCCUCUGCUCUUUUCUCAGUGUCAGCCACCACCCUCCCCAAGCUCCCUCUUUAACCCCUUUUGCAUGUUGUGUAUUCAGUGUUUAGAUAAGUGGCAGCACAGGACGAGGCUGCCAGAACUCUUCAGUGGUGUACUGUACUGCACUGUACUUGUUUUUUUUUUUCACGUCUUCCGAGAAUGUAUGUCAAACUGUGAAGAACACACUCAUGCAGGUGUAUGAUCUGAUUGUGUUUAUGAAAUAAUGUCACCAAGCUAAAGAAUGUGGACGCCAUGACAUUUGAUGCUAUUAACUAUGAACGGGGUUAGUUGUCGUUGAAAGACUGUUGAUGUGCUCACUUUUCUGUCUCAUAUUGACACUGUAGUCAUCUAAUCCAAAAACAAACAUGUAACCAAAACAAGUUAUCACCAUUAGGAUUUUUGGUGUGCGACAAAACAGCAAACUUUUUGAUAGGGCAAGAUUCCCACUGUUGGAAUUUCACAAAAAUGCAGAACCAAAUAAUUAAUCAUUUGUGCACAGGCUGUAUAGUACAGCCUGUCAGACAGGUGGUGUUACAGUAGCACAAGUGUCCUCUUCAUGGAAUUCAAGUGUGGUGUGCCACAUUAUGAUUGAUGGUCAAAUUACGUGCCCCCAAGGCCUCUUUUGCGCUCGACUUCUUAAGCACCAAACACUCUCCUGGGGUAACUGCAGUGUCCUUGAAUUUGGGCUUUUUCAUGAAUCGCACAAAAUUCUUCUUCUCUUUCUAUCGACUCUGUUUGUCUUUCCCUGCGUGCCCACCCUGAAUGUUGAAAUACAGAUAAAGAAGUGAGCCAGAUGUUGUUUUCAGGGGUGGAAGUGUAGUCUUGUGAAAGCUAUUUAGCGAGCCUCAUAGGGAGAGCCGUCCUGUUGUUUUACGUUAACUAGCCAAGCAGCUUGGCAGUGGAACUGAAGCAUUAACUGCUUUGCUUUGUUUCCUCCCCCCUUUAGCAGCAUUUACAGCAUUCACAGGUGUGUGUGUGUGUGUGUGUGUGUGUGUGUGUGUGUGUGUGUGUGUGUGUGUGUGUGUGUGUGUGUGUGUGUGUGUGUGUGUGUGUGUGUGUGUGUGUGUGUGUGUGUGUGUGUGUGUGUGUGUCUAAUUAACCCUACCCAAGUAAACAAGCGAUAUGUUCAUGAACUGAAAGUGCAGAGAGGUGAGAGAGCUCUCAUUUGAAGGCAGCCUUUUAUUACGUACUCUUCUUUAAUGUUUGCGAUGAAGAGUUAUCAGUCACAUUUUUCUGUUUCACAUCCACUGUGCCAUCUUUGCAUCUUGUUUGUUAUGUCUCAACACGUUUUUUUAUGCUGUAAAUAUGUACUGAACUGCCUCUGCCAAUCAUGUUGUCUUUUGUAAUGCAUCACUUGGCCCUGGAUGACUCACGUGUAUGGAUGUACAAACCAGAUGAUGUUAUAUGGAUGUAGAAACCAGAAACAUAUGCUUUUGUGAUUACCACCAGAAGAUGUGGUUCAAAUAUUACACAGAAUGUAUUCCUUUUUGGAUUUAUGUUGUUUCCAGACAACUACCGCCCAUUGCUAAUGACUUUGAGGAGAAUGGAGAAAAAAAAUGUGACAUGGGCUGACCCGGCCGUCUGAUUUUUCCUAUUGGGCGAACUGACACAACAAACCCACCACUUUCUGUUUUUAUGUCCCAGUGAUACUCAUCACUCACUCAAAAACAGUCCACCUACCUUUCUUUGGGAACAAAGGGAUUCUUCCCUUAGUUCAAUCCAGCCCUUUACUUCUGUUAAAUCAAAGUUCUUCCUUGUACAUUUUCCUCUGAGGCAACGAACCACUGACUUUUUAAUCUAAAUGAUAAAAAAAUAAAUUAUUAGUUAAUGAGC